GCACUAUUUAUUUUGAACAUCCAACAACCCAUCAUUAUACUUUUGCCCACACAACAAAUAAAAAAUAAAAAGAAAAAGGAAAACGAGAGAUAAAUCUCUACGAAAAACAAGGGUUUUGCUGCUGGUGAAGAAAUUGAAAAAUUGAGAGAUAUCAAGGGUUGUAACAAUGGCGUUAACCGACAAAGAGGUUGAAAAACAGCUUACUGAAGUUGGUAACAAACUUCUGUCUCCUUCAUCCUCAGUGACGGAGUUGCUUUCGUCGCUAGAUCGAGUUGAAAGUUUGCUCUCCCGAGUGGAGCAGUCACCAUCAGAGUCGAUGAAGAAUGCACUCUCCUCAUCAAUGAAAGCCUUGGUUGCCAAUGAGCUUCUGAGACAUCCAGAUAUUGAUGUGAAAGUUGCUGUUGCUUCAUGCAUCAGUGAGAUUACAAGGAUUACAGCUCCAGAUGCACCAUAUGAGGAUGAUCAAAUGAAGGAGGUGUUUCAUUUGAUUGUAUCAACUUUUGAGAAACUGGAUGACAAAUGUAGCAAAUCGUACCUCAAGAGGACCUCCAUCCUGGAGACAGUUGCAAAAGUCAGAUCAUGUGUUGUGAUGCUUGAUCUCGAAUGUGAUGCUUUGAUUUUGGAAAUGUUUCAGCACUUCUUUAGAACAAUAAGGACUGAGCACCCUGCAAAUGUGUUAAGUUCUAUGAAGACAAUCAUGACCCUGGUCUUGGAUGAAAGUGAAGAGAUUUCAAAAGAUCUUUUGUCAUCUAUCUUGAAUGUCCUGAAAAUAGAGAACAAGGAAGUUCUGCCUAUUGCUCGCCAGCUUGGGGAGGAAGUGAUUAAAAAAUGUGAUAACAAGCUUAAACAUCUUCUGGUGCCUACUAUGAAGUCUCUUGGUACUAGUAUAGAUGAUUAUACUAAGGCUGUGUCAGAUGUUUUGCGAUCGGGAAGUGAAGUUAAUGAUACCCAGAAUGCAGACGCUGCAAGCAAAAACGCGGAUGAGGAGAACAAUGUGACUAAAGAGCCUUCAGAAAAGGCCGCUGAAGUUGCUUUGGAAACUAUGAAUGAUGCACCUCCUUCUGAAGAUGUCAGUGUUACUACUGUUGGAUCACCAAAAUCUGCCGUGAGCAAUGGUACUUUCCAGAGAGAGGUGGAAGAAGAUGCUUCUGCUGGUAAUAACAAAUCCAAGGAGGAAAAUCAUGAGAUGCAAGUUGAAGAACCAGCACCAGUCAAGACGAAGGUUGAAAAUUCAGUUGCUGAGAAAGUCACAAAGUCACGAACAAAGGUGGAUAAAGUCAACAAACGAAAAGGGAAGAAAUCAAAUUCUUCAAAGAGCUCUUCUGAACUUCCUAUUGAUGAAAAGAAGGGAGUUGAAAUGCCUGAGAUUCUGGAAGAAGCUGAAGAACAGAAAGAGGGGAAUGUGACUGAUACUGUAGAGCCAGUUGGAAUUAAGAAUGAGCUAGAGGCCCCAGUCUCCUCACCUAAAACAUCUGAGUCCCCAGUCUCUUCACCUAAAACAUCUGAUGAGCCUGUUAAUGUUCCCUCUCCCUCUCCUAGCAGAAGCCGUGUUGAUGAAAUUUGUUCGGAAAAGGUCCCACCCGAGAAGAAGAAAGAUGAAGUAGUUGAUAAUGUGCCAAAGGAUGACACAGAUUUGAAAAAGCAAGAUGUUUUAAAGAAGUCCUCUGAAGGAGUUGGUGUAUCCGAGGCCAAGUCAAAACGCACCGAGAAAAAGGUACCUUCUGCUGCUGAUAAUGAAGAUAGCAUACCAAGUUCUGUUGAUAUAUCAAAGAAGGAAGAUGAAAAGACAAGUGAUUUGGACACCAAAGCAACGAAGCAGUUGGGAAAGAAGGCUGAAGCUGGUACUCAUCGUGAAGAUAAGAUGAAACGAGGGCAUGAUAAAGUGACUCUUGCAAAGGAUCUUACAAAUAAGCCCUUUAAGGAUGAGGAGAAGAAAUCUGUUGUUUCAGAGAAGUCUGCUGCAAAAUUGACUAAAGGUGAAGGUGAUGUAGAAAAAGCAUCCAAGUCAAGUUCCAAAAGGAAGCGUUCAGGCCAAAAGAAAGGACCGAAAUAUGGUGAGGAAAUGGUUGGUGCAAGGGUGAUGAUUUGGUGGCCCGAUGACAAGAAGUUCUAUGAAGGUGUUAUUGAGCACUUCGACAAUUCUAGUGGAAAGCAUAAGGUAGCUUAUAUUGAUGGUGAUAUAGAGAUUCUGAAGCUUGAGAGGGAGAAGUGGAAACAGAUUCUAGAAGAUAUUGUGCCUGAAGAGGACCAUUCAACUGAUGGUGAAACCGCUGACGAAACUGCUGAAACGCCAAAAGCUAAGAAAGCUAAGACAAGCCCUGUCCUUGCAAAAAAAGGGAAGACUGAAACCUCCGCUAAAAAGGCCGGAGCUUCAACUAGCAAAUCCAAAGCUCCACCCAAGUCUCAGAGUAAACAGAAGGAUAGUAAUAAAACAGAUAACAAAUCAAAGGAUGAAACCGUGAAGAGUAUUGGUAAAUCUGUGGAAAACAAAAUUGGAAAAACCAAUGAUUCUAAAUCUUCCAACAAGGCUUCUGAAAUCACCCCUAAGUCAAGUGCGAAAUCCAAAGAUACCGAUGAGACAUCCAAGGGGGGCAAUAAGUCUAAGCAAGAAACUCCUAAAGUUGCUUCAAAGUCCAAGGGCAAAUCUCCGAAAACUGGCAGUAAACCAAGUGGCAGCAGCAAAGUGAAAGCUGUUUCUUCGGCAAAGGAGGAGGAGACUGAAGAUAGGGAGUCGUCGCCCGAACCAGUAAAAAAGCCCGAAAAUCCAAAGGUGAAGUCUCCAUCGAAGUCGCAAAAGAAUUCAAACAAGAGGAAGCGGAGUACCAAAGGCUGAGAUACAUGUCAUUUUGCCUGUCGUUGCUGUUAAAUUUGUAGGUUCUCCGAUCUGUUUUGUUUCAAGUCACCCGCAGCAUUUGUGGCUACUAUUUGAAAAUACCGAUCUGUGCUGUUUAAUGAUAAGUCGCUCACAGCAUUUGUGGCUACUAUUUGAAAAUAUCACAACAGUUCAGACAGUUUUAUAGGCGUUUUUAGGGUUGUGUAGAAUCGGUUUUUGUUUCUGAGAGCAUAUUAGACUUUUGGAGAUUAGUUUUUGCCUAGAAAUUAAUUCGGUAGAUAGUUGUAGAUUAAUGCUCUCUGUUAAACUGCCUACAAUUUAUUUUAACUUACAAUAUCUGCAAUCUGCAUGAUGUGUUUAUUA